AUGAGGACUGUGUCGCUUGCCAACGAUCUGGCAUCCCGUGCGUAUCCAGCUAUCAGCGAAAGACACGAUUGUACGGAAGUGUCGAAACCAUCCGCGAUCGCACUUGUGAAAGGGACGUUUCCGGGUGAACCCAUUGAUAGUAUCCCUGCUCUGUUGGAGCUGGGCCGGAAAGCCGGCUAUGAAAUGCCCAAGCUAGACCUCCCACAACAGACCGGGGAUGCGCAGCGCUUUGAGCUACCGAGCCCAGAAGGUGCUGAUCAGAUUCUGACGCGUGAUGGCAAUGGUAGCGAUCAACAUGGGUGUAUUGGGAGCGGCCAGCGCCCACCGCAGCUGGUCAAAGACAGCCGGGGCCAUAGUCAUUACAUUGGGCCGUCAGCAUCCCUUGCAUUCUUUGCUGAUCUUCGCAGCCUAGUAUCGGAGCAACAGCCGUCCUCUUGCUUUGCUGCAGAUACCUUGACGGAGUCUCUCGAGACUCGGCAAAGUUCUAGUAUGUUGUCAAUGUCAACUGUUGAUACAAAUCUGGCGCCAAUUGCACGCGACCAAGAAUCAUCCCUUGUCAAGGAACAGCUGCAUAGAAUGCCCCGAGAUCGUCUGCUGGCAAUAAUAAAUGCUUUCUUUUACUCUGUGAAUGCAAAUUUCCCACUUUUGGACCGGGGAUACUUCUAUAACAAGCUUGAGUCCUACAUCUAUCCCGUCAGCCAUACCGAGGGAUUGGACGAUGGUUGGGUGGCCUGUAUCCAUGCUGCUCUCGCCUUCGGCUGCUGGAUCCUGGAGGAUGACGCUAGAUUUGAUGCCGAUGAACUAACCAUGCUAAAACCUCGCUGCUGGAACCUCGCUCGAGGAGCUUUGGCCAGCUUGUUGACCACAUGUACAGUCUCUAAUAUUCAAGCUCUUUUGCUUAUGGCACUCUUCCUGCACAACAACAAUGAUCGGAAUGCAGCGUGGACCCUAACAGGUAGUGCUGCGAGAAUUGCAAUUGCGUUAGGCUUGCAUCGAAGCGAUAUUGAUGAGAGCCUUCGUUUAACUGAACAAGACUCCCGAAGGCGAGUCUGGUCUACAUUAUUUACGGUUGAGCAAUUUCUCUGCUUAUGUUUGGGACGCCCAAGUGUAAUUGACGGUCGGGAAGUAACCCUGGGACCUGCACCCGAAGAAUCUGCUACUGCAUUCCCCAGUCAUACUAGCCAUCACCAGGUGGCCACUGACCUUCAACGACAAGUCAGUCGACUCCGCGAUGCGAUCGCUUUCUUGCAUCAGCCUGCUUUCCCUGUAUCAUCAACUGAUACGCCGGUCACUGAUCCAGUAUCGCUCUUGACCGGGCUGAAAACUUGGGAAACUAACAUACCAACUUAUCUCAUUAUACCGUCUGCUAUCUUGGAUUCGUGCACCAUUCCCCAAGCGGCAGUCCUGGAAACGUUCGUUUCUGGUUAUCCACCGGCUCAACUACGGCCAACGGUUCUCCUCCAUUUAACCUAUAAUAAUCUCCUUAUCCAGCUUACGCGGCCAUAUUUGCUUACAGUUAUUUCAAUGAGUCGAAGGCAUACUCCAAAACAACAAUACCCCUGGGCUACACCUCAUGAUACUUCGAAAGACGUGCAAAAGAGCGCUGAGUAUCUGGCCUCCAGCUGUGUAACAGCAGCGAUGCGGAUUGUUAACCUUCUCACCCUAAUUGAACAUGCCAACAGGGUCAAUGGAAAAACUAGCCUGGACCUUUUCUAUGGGUACUCGGCUGGAAUGGUUCUGCUCCUCCGUCAGCUGUGGGUCAUGCCCCCGGAUCUUCCAAUGUCUAUGUGGCAGCUAGAAGACGCAGCCCAGCGUGAUCUUCGAUGUCAGGUGACAAGGUUGCAGUCCCUAAUGCAAGAAAACGCGGAGUGUCCGACCAUGCAGAGGUUUAAGUCAGUGCUUCAAAAGUUCGACGAAGCUGUUCUUGCGAACGGGCAACGGAUGCGAAUUGGAAAUGAUGAAGUUGCAUCUUUGGACGUGGCGCAGGAGGAAGGCAUAGAACCUUUGUCGACCUCACAGCUCCAAUUUCCCAGCGUCGGUGGGACUAAUAGCGACCUAUAUGGUACUAUGUUAGGUAGCCCAAGCCUGUGGCAAGAUUCCCUACAGACGAUCACCCAAUACAGUCUCGACUGGAGCAACUUUGAGCAAUUUCUUGGCAGCAUGAACGUGGCAUAG